AUGCAGAUUACUAUCAAGCAAGCCAUCCAGCCGCCUACGGAUGUAGAGCGCGUCUUGGAGGAAGAAAUUCAAGAAUGGCACUUUCAUAUUUACUUCCUGCAACGCAACGCUGCUCAACAUGCUGCAGCGCUCGCGCUCCGUGAUGCCAUCUUACGCCUACGUCGUGAUGGUGCUUUCGUAGCGGUCCCCCUGUACAGGGUAAACACUGCCCCGGUCGGCCCACAUCCCGCUGUACCCUUUGCUCAGUAUGUCAUUUUGAUCGCCGGAGUUGGGAUAUUCGCGCAUCAUCACCGGCCGACCAUUGAAGAACGCAAGGUUGCUGGGCGGAAGAUCGAAGAGACGCUUCGUGGAGAUAGGGAGGCUGCACCAGCUCCAACGGAAGGUUGA